AUGGAUGUAAAAGUUGGUAAACCGAGAGAAAAGCCUUCAUACUACGGUGGGGAUAAAGUUGAUGCUGACGAUGAAGAAUCUCAAAAGCUUUGUAUUAAUGAUUGUCGACAAAAGCAGGCAGCAUUGUACCCUCCCUUUUUGUUUAAAUCCUCGUCGGCACAGUUGCUUCUCUCACCUCCAGAUGCAAGUGAACUUCUUGUUAUAACUGGUCAAAGUAGAAUUCAUCUAUAUAUACAGCAAAAUUUAAAUGAACUUUCUCUCAAAACAUGUGAAAAUCACAAUAACUCUAAUCACUCAGACAUCUCAAAUCCUACUGAAGUCGAUUUGGUUGUUUGCAAACUAAGUAAUCUUAGUAUUCCAUCGUUUCCUCAAAAUUUGUCUUCUGAAGUUUCAAUAUUCCGAUCUCAUGGACUUCCUUUACUUGUUUGGCCUAAGUCAGCUGAUAAGAUGCUCAUUCAAAAGUAUUUAAAUGAUAACUAUCCGGAUUGUGGUCGUUGGUUUAGUGAACUAGAUAAAGUAACCGGGUGGUUAGAACAGAAAUGGAGGCCAUUAACACGAAACUUGGGCAUAGUUAAUAAUGAUGAAAUCAGUAAUAAUGAUGAUUGGAUCAAAUUGAAUAAAAAUAUAUGCAUUCGUGGUAUUCCCUCAAGUUGCGUUGCUGUAAUGUAUUUGAAAAAACGUUCAACACAAUAUGAAAAAUAUGCCAGUUUAUUAAAAGCUUACUUUACUCAUCGUCUACAAUUUACACCAGCUUUUCAUCAUAAUCCCAUACAUAGAGAACUUGAAGAACAUUACAAGGAAAGACUCGGUUGUUUAAGUGAAGAUGCUGGUUAUUUUAAUGUUAUCGGAAAUCGUCUCAUUCAAGUGAUUAAUAAAGCUUUAUCAUCUGGUAGACCGUAUUCUCUUAAUCCAAUUACUUUCACUUCUUCUAUCAGUGAUUUAAGUAUGAGAGAACAAUGUUUACAUGCUUUACUACCUGGCAAUGAAGUGAAGAAUACUAAAAGCCAGAAGAGGAAAACUACUAACGAACUUUGUAGAGUGGAUGUUCUUUCCAAUACUGAUAGUCAGUUUAUUGAUAGUCAAUCUAAUGAGGACGGUGACGGAAGCAUUUCAGGAUUCGACGAUGAUAGUGAUCAGUUUUUAGCGCCUGAUGAAAGGGACAUAGUUGAUCCGACAGCAGCUGACCAGUCCACUCAUGAUCUACCAAAUCGACCAAUAAGCAAAGAGAUAAUGAAAAAUAAAGGCAUUGUAAAAUAUCGACAUAAACGUGAACGUAACCCUAGAGUGCAUUUACGGUAUAAAUACCGCAAGGCAACAAUUCGUUACAGAUCACGUGUUGCGCCAGUUCGUAAAGAAGACAAACCAUAUGCUGGUGAAGUUAAGGGAAUACGUGUAAAUUUGAUUAAAUCGCACAAAUUCAAAAAAUAUUAAUUCAUUUUUCAACGCAUUCGGUACUUCUUUGUGGUCGACAUUCUUUCUUUUCUAUGAUCGUUCUGACAUGUUUGUUAGGUGAUUGGCGGUGUUAUAUGUUAAAUUUUGGAUUAGGUUUUAGGUUUCAUUUGCGAAAGUUGACAGUGAUUACAAAUUAUAUAUGGUUGGAAGAUAGUUUUGGUCGAAGCACAGCCUACUG